AUGGACGCUGAACACUUUAGCUCGCCCAAGCGGGAGUUUCCCAAGAAGAAGUGCGGUAUGCAGAGCAUUGACUGCAAAGAAGACGAUUUGCUGACUCACUUGAAGCGCUUCAUCCUUCUGCUCGCGCUCCACCCACAUUUCGAACUACACGCUGUCGGCGCAUCAGAGCGAUCGGCGGGUAAGAAGUACAAAGAUGCAGUCAAGUGGAAGCAAGCCAUACCCUUCACGGAGCGGAUUGGAAACUUGGUGGUGAAGAAAUGCACGGCCGAAGAGUUCAAGGACUGCGACCUGGUCUUCUCUGGCCUGGACAGCGAUGUUGCUGGCGACGUUGGUAUGGAAUCUAACCUCGCCGUCUUCUCCAACGCGAAGAACUACCGUCGCGACCCCCUCGUCCCGCUCGUCGUGCCCACCGUAAAUCUGCCACAUCUCGAUGUGAUCAAGCACCAACGGAAACACCAUGGCUUGGAGAAGGGCUUCCUCGUGUGCAACUCUAACUGCGCAGUCAUCGGCAUAGUCAUUCCCUUCGCUGCUCUACAAGACAAGUUCGGUCCCGUCGACCAGGUCUCCGUCGUCACGAUGCAAGCUGUGUCAGGCGCAGGGUACCCCGGAGUCAGCAGCAUGGACAUCAUCGACAACGUUGUGCCCUUCAUCUCGGGCGAAGAAGACAAGCUUGAGACCGAGGCAUCCAAGAUUCUUGGAGGUAUCAACGGAGAUGUGACUGGCUUUGUGGACCAGCCGAUGAAGAUCUCGGCGGCUUGUAAUCGCGUGCCGGUACUGGACGGCCACACUGCUUGCGUAUCGCUGCGCUUCCAGAGACGCCCACCACCAAGUGCAGAUGAGGUCAAGCAGGCCAUGCACGAGUACGUGUCGGAUGCACAGAAGCUGGGUUGCCCGUCUGCGCCUAAGAAUGCUAUUGUGGUAAUGGAGGCACCGGACCGGCCACAGCCUAGGUUGGAUAGGGAGACGGACAGAGGGUAUGCUGUCAGUGUCGGUCGUGUAAGAGAGGACGAGUCGGGCAUCUUCGACAUCAAGUUUGUUGCUCUCAGUCACAACACUGUCAUUGGAGCAGCGGGUUCAUCGAUACUGAACGCAGAGGCAGCGGUACUGAAGGGCUAUGCAUGA